AUGCCACUGAUGAUGCCUACAAAGACUGUUGUUACAAUCAAUUCGACUGGUCGCCAGACGGCCUCGUUUGUCCGCGUCGCCUCUGCUGUGGGCUGGCGCGUGAAAGCNCAGGUUCGAACUUGCGAUGGUUUAGUCGCAGAGGAACUCGCCGCUUUACCCAAUGUCGAGAUUGUCGAAGGAGAUUUGUGCCAACCAAAGGCUGACCUGAUCCCCUUUUUGAACCACCUUUUCGAGGGUGCCAAGCUGGCCUUUAUCAACACUACUCACUGGGGCGAUGAGGUCGCCAUUGGCAAAGCCUGCGCUGAUGCCGCCAAACGAGCCGGCAUAACUCACUACAUUUACUCAUCCAUGCCGGAUCACUCUGUCUACAAUCCAGACUGGAGACCACUUCCGUUAUGGUCGCAAAAGUUCACCAUCGAGAACUACGUCCGCCAACUUGGAAUCCCGGCUACUUUCACCUAUACUGGAAUUUACAACAACAACUUUACCUCUCUACCUUAUCCGCUAUUCCGCAUGGAACUCCAGGAAGAUGGUAGCUUCUUAUGGAAAGCCCCAUUCCACCCUCACGAUCCACUGCCUUGGCUAGACGCGGAGCAUGAUGUAGGCCCGGCCCUCUUGCAAAUUUUCAAGAUGGGUCCAAAUGCCUGGAAGGGCCAAAGGGUCACGCUUGCCUUUGAACGACUAAGUCCAAUUCAGGCCUGCAUCAAGUUUUCACGCGGUGUAGGCAGGCCGGUCAAAUACGUACCUGGCCCGAUAGACAUCGAGGUCUCCAUCCCCAGCGGCUACCGAGAACAUCUCGAAUCACUCCAGGAAACCCUUGGCGAAAAGAGAGCCCCUUACUUUGGACCUCUGGAAUAUCCCCAAGAAGCUAGGAGUCUAUGGGAGGGCUACCGGUCACUCGAAGAAUACGCUCGCGAAGUCUUCCCAGACGAGGAAGCCGCCAACGGACUGACAUGGAUGGACGACGACAAGGAGUUCCCCGAAUACGCCGAGAGCACUGGAGAUCCCGACGAGGAUGGAGACGAGAGUAGUGUUGGAAUCACGACGAAUCCCACACCUGCUUGGACCCCAGGCAUGCGGACACCGUUUAACCAUCCCGAGGCGGACGCCCACAACUUCUUCGUGGGCAGCUGUUAA